AUGGCUCUCUCUCCCCUACCUCCAACUGCCACCAUAUUCACUGGCCUUCGCUCCACCACCACCACCACCACUUCUCUCCCCAAACACCUUCACCGCCCCAAAACUUCUACGAGAAGAUCAUGGGGGAGUUCAUCGGGGACCCCACCUUCUCUCUACCCUUCUGGAUGGAGAUUUUCAUCGAGUUCUUGUUCUAUGACAAGAAGAAGAAUCUGGUGA